AUGAGCCGCUCCUCCGGCCGUCCUCUGGGAAUACACAACUUCUUGUUACACGGUGUCAUCCAGGGCUUCCUCCUUCGGCCGUAUGUCAGGUCUGGAGAGGAGGAGGAGCAACAUUAUGGAGAGGAGCCAGAGAGAAGGACAACUGGACGUGAUUGCCUUAGUUCCAGCGAGGAUGGUGCCCGAGUCCAAUACGACCCACCUCUACAGUUCCGUCCAAUACAAACUUCCAACCCUCAUCAUCCCCUUUACGCCACUCGUAAACCCCCGGUCAUCAGAUAUGUAUAA